UGCUAUGUUCGUUUGUUUCGGAAUGGAAGAGUCUUCUGCUGGAAUGUUAUUCAACUAAACUCCAUUACCCAGAAGGCCGUGCGACCUUCAACCUCCAACUGUAAAGCGACUUGGGUGAAACUCAAAUCACAGGCGGGAGCUUACCGCUUAAGCGUCACGUACCCCGAGCUCCGGCGCAUUUAAACGGUUGUUAUCUUGUUCAAAGCCGCCAUUAUUCGUUUUUAUUUCCUCCGAAUGACAUUGUGAUAUAAAAGCGCUAAGUUUAAUCGGUCUUUUCAGUGAAGUAAAGAAUUACAACGAGUUUAGACCUAAACAGCAGUGACGAAACUCACCGAGGGGCGGCGAACAACUCAACAGUUUGAAGAUGAUUCUGAAGGGACAGAAACGGAAACUCGACCCAGAGGAUGUGGAGGUCUCCGAACCGAGCAGUCCUGUGUGGGAGAGCCAGCGACAGUUUGUCUUCUCCGUGUCCCUGAACAAGUAUCAACGUGGCCAGGAGCUACCGGAGCCCAGCCUGCGCCGGUCGGUUCUGAUAGCCAAUACGCUGCGGCAGAUCACCCUGCCCUCUGCAAACAGGGAGGAGUUGCAGCCUCCAUCUGGCUCUUUGUGUAGACUCCAUGCAAAAGAGCGGGAAAGUAUUUUCACUGAGUCAAAGCCCAACUCAGUGUUAAUGGCCGGGGAUCCUAUGUGUUCUUUAAAUGGCUCUCCACUUACAAAUUGCUACCAUUCAGGCGACUCGGGCGUCACUACAACUGGAGACGAUGAAGAUGAGGACUGGGGAUCCAUGUCCACAGACUCUGACCUCUCCCUUUCAGCUGCCAUUUCCUCCAUUCUGACUGCGCUGGACUCUACCGUUGAUGGCAGCCCUCAGGCAGCUCCACGGACACCUCUCAGGUCCUUGGAGAACCUCUCAGGCUCCUCUGAGAGAGGUUCAGCGUGGGUAAAACAUGGAACCAGAGCCGGCGGCGUCAGCUGUGCGCCGCAGGGAGAGGAAAAGGUGCAGGAGAGCUGCGCAGAUGUAGGAAAACCCAGCUAUCUGAACGACAUCCUGAUGGAAGAUCUGUUCCAGGAUGUAGACCCAUCUCUCCUGGAGAGGGACAUGGGAGGGCUCGGGAUCCGAAGCAGCAGGGUUGGAUACACAGCUGAAGAGGAACUCAUUCACUAUUUGCCUCCUUCCUCUUCCUCCCACCCUUUCUCCCUUUCUCUCAAUUCCAAUUUGAAGUGUUUGCCUUCAUUCUCCUCCUUCAGUCCGUUACUCUCCUCUCCCUCACCUUCCUCACCUGAAUCUGCAUCUUUCUCCAGUCAGAAUCAAGCCAGAGACGAAUUUGAGCUGGAGCAUCUGAUGAAGAUUCUGGUGGAAUCUUGACAAGUUUAUCUUUAAUUUAAAAAAAAAAACCUUUCAUUAUCAAUAAAUAUCCUCUAACUUAGUGGACUGAAGUCAGAAGGCGAAUUUGGCAGCAUUUUUCUUGACUUUUCUAUAUUAACUCAAAGAAUGGUGCAUUAUGGUAUUUAGAAAGUAGUAAGAAUGCUGUGGAAACGGUGGAUGUCCAAGACAGAAAAGGACAAGCAGGACAAACUUGGGAAGCUUUUGGUUUAAAAAUAAAAAUGUGGAAGUCGAGUCACAAUUAAAAACUGUUUGUAGCAGGAAAGAAUCAGUCUUUUUUCAUUGCUAAGCAGUGAGUCAGUGAAUCAUGAACCAGUAAGCUGCAGUUUAAGCGUGACUCAGAUGAUAGGAACUGUGGCUUGGUACCGACAUGAUCCAGUCAGAGGGAAUGGUUUAUUGAAGCAGUACCAGGAACUGAACAGAAGAUGGCGCCAAUCACUAACGUGUUCAGGCAGAGAAAUGAUGAGGGAAAAUCUCUUGUCCAACGAAGGUCUGGUGUCGGUUCUGAUCAUGUGAAUUGGCUGAAACACUACAUUAUGGGUCAGAUCUUCUGGGAAGAAAUCGGUUUACAUCAAGUGAUGUCAGGAAGCUGUGCUUUUGUUUUUUUCUAUUUUGAGAACAGGUUUUGUUAUUAUUGAUAUUAGAGUUCCUUUGGGAGCUCAACUUGCUGUUUUGGAUGAAGAGUUUACUCUGAGUCUAAAGGUGGUUGCUAGUUGUUCCUCAGAGCUCUAUGCAUGUGUUCCUGUCUUUUUAAACAACAAUUUUAAUCAAAUAGGCAUCACAGCGCUGUUAUUUUAUACGAGUUCCUCGUUAGCUUGGAUGUUGCAGCACAGACCACUGCAACAUCUCGUGUUGGACUGAUCGGUCGGUGUUUAUCAUCAUAGUUUCAGCCAUAUUGGCUCCUAGAAACCCAGCGGUUCUACCUUCCUUCCUUUCUGAGAACCCUUCGUUCAUUUCAACGGUGUCGAGAUGUUAUACGGUUUACUUGUCAAUAAUAUGCAUUUGUCUCAACCAUGUUAGUAUUUUACUAGGCAGUGAUAAUAAAACAAAAGGUCCUUUCAGUUGCAGUGUUCUUAUUUGUUCUGUUCUAACUUCCAUAUUUAAUUGUACUGUUAAGCAUUCAACCCAGCAUUGUUGGAGUGCGAAUGGGAGAUAAAUGGUUUGAGGAAGCACACGAUAACUUCUGGUGAGGUUUCUGUAAUUUGCAUCCAGUUCAUGGAUUAAAGUUGCUUCCAUGCAGAGUUUCUUUGUAUUUAGCUGCCCUGCAGCCUCAAACUAUAGACGGUUUGUGUUGUAAACGAGAUGUUUUAUUUAAUGUUGACAAAUCGGUGUGUUAAUAAACCGCCAUGGCAGUUUUAUUUACUUUUAUUCUAAUGUUUUAAUACUGUGCAUUUAGCCCAUUCGUUUUAAAAUUGAAUGUUAACCUGUGCAGAUGUCAAUAAAGAUUAAAAUGAAAA